GGGAAAAAGGCUGGUGGGGAAACCUUUUGAACCCUCGUCGUCUCUGGCUCUCUCUGUCUCUCUCUCGCCAAGAGCCAAAAACAUUCGCAUUACCACCACACAAGGCCUAAUUACUCUUCAGUUUUCUCUGUGCUUUCUCUCCCGUUUUCUUGCGAACCAAUCGGAGUCUAAAACCUCCAAUUUUAGGGUUUUCCAUUUUUGACAACCAAAAGAUAAUUUUAGGGUUUCAAAUCAAAUUCGGGCACUAUCAUCAUGGCAUGACUAACCGCGGCGAAGAACCAGGGAGUGAAGGCAUUGGUGGGUUCCACACAGUGCAGCCGGAGCGUGAUCUCGGGGCCAAUUGGGAGGUAGAUCUCGCCAAGAAGCUCGAAGAGUAUCUUUUCAAGAUCUGCUCUGGUGAAAUUACAGGAACUGAAGAGGAUAACCAUAUUUCUGUUAAUUUUGCGGAAGCUGCUUUGUUACUUCAGGGUUCAGUUCAGGUGUAUAGCCGGAAGGUGGAAUAUCUGUACAACUUGGUUUUGCAUGCUUUAGAGUUCCUUUCUCAAAAGAGGCAGCAAGAACAAGAGGGUGCAUCAGUUCAGAAUGAAGAAAGUGGUUCUCGUGUGGCUGCUGAGGAACAGAAUGAUCUGUUUUGGGGCUUAGAUGAUAUCCCAGUGGAAGUAAGGAACCGCCUGGAUAGUUCAAACAGCAAAGACAUCUCUUUGACUCACUUUGUGAAGCCCCCUGCAAAUCUAGUUGUUCUUGAAGGUGAUUGCUUAGAUACCACUGGUGAUGGCGGGGAACUAGAGUCAUAUCUGUUAGCAACCAAUGAUCUCUACAGGGAUUUUAUUCUAUUGGACCCAUGCGACGGCAUAACAGUAGACCAUUUCUUGAAGGGAGAUGCAAGUAUUAAAAGGCAGAAUAGUGCUUACAGAGGCAGCUCAGCAAGUAAGAACUUUCUGUCCCCUACAAGACGUUCUUGUGGAACUGCCCGUAAGUCAUCUCUUGGAACGAGCCAGGAUGCUAAUAUCAACAGAUCUCCGGUGGUUGGUCACAGCUUCGAUAAUAGUAAUGUUUAUAUGGGUUCUGAUCAUCCAGCCUCUGAUAAUUUUGAAUAUGGUGAUCUUGGAAUUGAUAUGGAUGAUAGAUAUUCAGACCCUGGGGAGUUGGGUGCAUCAGAUGCUGAUGAUGAUGAUCCAUGGAAACCGUUAAAUCCUUAUGAACCCGGGACCUUGAAAGUGAAGCCAUUCAGAAAAGUAAAAGCUUUCAAAAAGAAUUGGGUAAUCUCUACUGCGCAGAGCUCUUUGAGUACUCUGUUUCCACCUGCGAGAAUGAACGGAACAAUUAGCCCAGAGUUGACAGAAAUGUGGGAGAAACAACAUAAUGCUCUUGAAAAAGAAAAGAAGUCUCAAUCUCCUUCAUUAUAUGAAAAGCUACGGCUAUCGCUCGCUGAUGGAGGAUCUAAUCCUUGUGACACUUUCACUAAUCCUGAGAAUGACAAAGAGGACCUUGCUUAUGAUGAUGCUAUUCCUGAUUUGGGGGAACCUGAUUUUGACAUGCCAGAAUAUAUGGAUGACGAUGUUCCUCUAUACCAUGAUAGGAAUGAUGGUUCUGCUUGCUUCGAUACUAAUGAAGCUUAUGGAGAUGGAGUUCCAAAUUCUCAGGCAAGCCUUGAAGAUCUUUGUCGUUCUCACCUGGAUGCUCUCCUUGCUAGCAUUGCUGAGAAUGAGAAGCAGACUGAAUUGGCUGCACGGGUUUCAUCGUGGAAACAGAAAAUUGAGCACAAUCUGGAAGAACAAGAUUCACGCCCGCCAUUUGAUAUUCAUGACUAUGGUGAAAGGAUUAUAUUAUCUCUUGAAGGAGAUAAUGCCACCUCCUUUGCUGAUGUUGUGAAGGGUCAGGAAAAACAUGAUGUUGCUCGAACCUUUUCUGCACUUCUUCAACUGGUGAACAAUGGUGAUGUUGAUUUGGAUAGGAGUAGAGUAGAUGGUGAGUCCAUUUGUCAUACAGCUGUGAAUCCUUUCCAUAUAAAGCUUCUUAAACAUAACAAGGGACGUAAGGAACCACGAUUUCAUAUGUCGAGAAAGAGAGUCAAAUCUCCUCCUUCAGGUAAAGGACAUAAGAAAGCUAACAAGUACAAGCCUGUGACAGAGAGAUCUACCGCUUCCAAUUCAUCUUUAGCUUAUGGAUUAGCAGCUAAAACACAAUCAAAUGGCAAAUUCUCUGUGAAGCUCGGAACGGUUGAUGGCCUGAGGUGCACGCCUGAUGGCAAGAGGAGACGUAGGUCUCGAUUUGUUGAACCAGUCGACAUAAAUUCCGCUGGAUGACAGAAAAGAACAUCAUUUGCAAGGGGAAUUCGACAUCUCUGCUGAACGGAUUCUAGUCAAUAACUGUAAUAUGGUAGUUUCAGAGCACCUAUUGUUUCUACUUAAUUUAUACUACUUUUGAUUUACUGAAGAGCUUUGUAACAUUGUAUAAGCAUAGAACAGUUUUUGUUAUUUGGCCAUAUAAUCGUCAUUUUAAUACACUGAAGUGUUCCAGAUUUACUUUG